AUGGAGGAACAGCUGAAGGAAGACGAGGCCGAGGUCGCAGAGCACUGGUUCUCUAAGUGGGAGCGUCAAUGCCUGAACACAGCCGAGCAGGAAGAGCAGCUGCCUCCCGAGAUACGAGACAAGGAGGACGAGGAGGCGGUAGGGCCCAAGAGCGAGCAGCAGAAGCUGUGGCACCUCUUCCAGAUCUCUGCCACGUCCGUGGCCCAGCUCUACAGGGGUUCGGGGUACCCACAGCCAGAACUCUCCAUGUGGGACCCCUUCCAGAGCGCGGCCAUGGCUGUGACCAGCCUCUACAAAGAGAGUGGGAAGGCCCACCAACGAAGUUUUGACCUGGGCGUACAGGUUGGCUACCAGCGUCGUAUCAAAGAUGUUCUGGAUUGGGUGAAGAAGGGCCGAAGCACUAUUCACCGCGAAGAUCUGAUUAGCUUCCUGUGUGGAAAAGUGCCCCCAGCUCCUCCACCACAGCAUACCCCCAGGACUGCCCCGAAGCCUCCUGCUGGGGCCUCCAGCCAAGCUGCCGCCACUGAAUCCAGCUCGUCGGUAGACGUCGACUUGCAGCCCUUCCAUGAGGCCAUCGCCCUGCACGGCCUCAGUGGUGCCAUGGCGACCAUCAGUGUGCAAUCUGGCCCACCCAGCUCCCCACCUCAAGCCAGUGGUGUUUCCAGCAGUGUCACUAGCGCUGGUCUCCAGAGAAGUAGCAUCCUUGAGGACGACUUGAACUCCAGCGACUCAGAAGAUCUGCCCCUCCACCUGGCCAGUGGGGGGUCCCGCAAACGCACCUUGGCCCAGUGCGGUGAAGGCGUCUCGGACUCCCCAACCCACAAGCGCAACCGAAUGGUCUAA